UCUGUUGAGUUCGUCAGUCCGUCAGCUCCAAAAAAGUACGAUCGCACCCACGGGGGGGCGGCCAAGGCAUCACAAUGUCAAAACCACACCCCGACGAUCUUCUUCUCUUUCUUCUCUCUCUCCUCCUCAUCUCCCUCUCUCUCUUCUUCUCUCCUACCACUUCACCAAACCCUAAUCUCCCACCUCUCUACAAUGUCUCCCUCUUCUCUCUCUAACUCUCCUUCCAGCCACGCCGACUCUUCCACCAACCACCCUUCUCCGUCGCCCUCCGUCGCAUCGUCUUCCUCAUCUCCCUCUCGCUACUCCGACAUGUGGAACUAUCUCUGGAUUCCUCUUCUCAUCUCUUUUUCCAAGGAAUUGAGUGCUGCGAAGGCUCAAUCGACGAUUCUCUUGCCCACCGGGACUGGCCUUGAGGAGCCGAUGAUGUCUCCGAGCUGUUCCGCGGCGGAUCCGAAGCUCAAUUUCCGGCCGGUGAUCGGCAUCGUCAGUCAUCCUGGCGACGGAGCUUCCGGUAGGCUUAGUAAUGCUACCAACGCUUCGUAUAUUGCUGCCUCGUAUGUGAAAUUCGUGGAAGCCGCUGGGGCUAGGGUUAUUCCUCUUAUUUAUAACGAGCCUCCUGAAAUUCUCUACAAUAAACUCAAUCUUGUUAAUGGGGUUCUCUUUACUGGAGGGUGGGCUAAAAGUGGUCGCUACUUCGACGUUAUUGAGGGAAUUUUUAAGAAAAUUUUAGAGAAGAAUGAUGCAGGAGACCAUUUUCCUCUACUUGCUAUCUGCUUAGGUUUCGAACUUUUAACAAUGAUUAUCAGCAAGGACAAGAACAUUCUUGAAUCAUUUAAAGCAUCAGAUCAGGCAUCUACACUCCAAUUCAUGAACGACAUAAAUGUGGAAGGAACAGUGUUUCAAAGGUUUCCGCCAAAUUUACUUAAAAAGUUGAGUACAGAUUGCCUUGUCAUGCAAAACCAUCAAUAUGGUGUAUCACCAGAAAGGUUUGGAGAGUACAAGGAACUACGUAGUUUCUUCAAGGUCUUAACAACUAGUGCAGAUUCAGAUAAUAAGGUCUAUGUCUCCACAGUCCAUGCACACAAUUAUCCUGUUACUGCCUUCCAGUGGCAUCCAGAGAAAAAUGCUUUUGAAUGGGGCUUAUCCAUGAUUCCACAUUCCGAAGAUGCAGUUCAAGUGACUCAAUAUGUUGCAAACUUCUUUGUCAGUGAGGCACGGAAGUCCUUGAACAGACCGCCUGCUCGGAAAGUGCUUGACAACCUUAUUUACAAUUACAGUCCAACUUACUGUGGGAAGGCUGGGAAGGGAUACGAUGAGGUUUACAUCUUUGCUCAGCCUUCUGCUUUGUGAGUCUUUUUUUAGCUUUAUUAUUUGUAAAAUGUACAUAAUCAUGGCAAUCCUAUUAUGCUUUGUUAGACUUCAAACUUCUGUGAUUGUUGGAUAUGUAAAGAGAUUCUCAAAAAUUAUUAAAGCAAGUUCAGUGCUUGCAUUGUUGGACCAUCACCAUAUUGUUUCUGAAACUUGUUGGGUAAAUUACAAAUAACCCUUGUUUAGAGAUGUAAA